AUGAGCGUUACGCGAAGCUAUUCGCCCAACGGUCUCAUCCGCCCAAAUCCUGAUUUCUAUCUGUGCUGCGGACAUUUUCACGCCACGACAGCCGCCAAAUUUUUCGCCGUUGUCUUCUUCGGCAUUUGCCUAGUGGUCUCCGCGUUGAAUGUCUUAUUCUUUGGCAUCGACAAACAAUGGAUUUCCAUUUUCUGCUUCUUCUAUACGGUUUAUAGCACGAUUCUCAUUUACGGUGUGUUUCUUGAGAAGCCGAUGUUCCUCGUCCCAUUCUUAUUCAUUCAUGGGGCUCUUUCCGCUUUCUUAAUCGUCGUUAUAAUAUUUUUCUGCACUUUUGGCUUCGCCACCGAUGUUGUUCGAACGCAUCACGCGGAAAAUCAGCCACUCCGCGAGCUUUAUGGAAUGCAUCACUUGAAUCCCGAUGACGAAGAUACGCAAACCAUUGUCACUAGUAUCGCCCUCUUCACUGUUACAUUUUCAUACAUUAUGUGCACUUAUUCGUGGUAUGCGAUAUAUCAAGCGUUCAAGAGUUUCAAGGAGGAAAAUCGUACAAUGUUGCCGGGAUGCGAACUUGGCAUCGUAGCAACCAACGACGAUGAAAAUGAAAACGAGAAGAAUUGA